GUUGCUAGGAAACCGCCGGCUCCCAGAAGGCUGCGCGUCGCCCCUUCGCUUCCGGAAGAAAUGGCUGCGACCCUGGUUAGAGGAGCUGCCCGGGAGCUGGCCUGGCUCCCGUCCCUGCAAUGUGUCCGCCAUAAGUCCAAAGCUGUCACCCGUCACAAAAAGGCCAUGCACUUUGAGAGGCAGAAGAUUUUGGCACUUACAAAAUACAUUGCACCUAAACCGGCUAUAAGUGAGAGCUGCGUGAAGCCGAAGGCCGAAGCCGACCACACAGGCAAGGAAAACCUACUGGAGAAGUUUCUGUGUUCUCAGUUGGAGAAUGUCCUCCAGGAGAAUAAGAUGUUUGCCGUGUUUCAGCGUAAUGCAAUUGGAGCUGAUGAUUUUUUACAUCUCAAGCACAGACUCCAUAAGCAUGAGAUCUACAUUAAGGUUUUCCCGCUCCAGGUCAUAAGAAAGAUUCUAGGCCAGUCCCACCUUCAGGGAUUGUUACCCUUGUUUCUUGGGCAUACUUUCGUGGUAGUGAGUCCGCAUGCCAAAGUGAAGGAAAUGUUGCAAGCAAUUCGGACGGCACCUCAAAUACAACUUCUGGGAGCCUGUAUUGAGAACAAACUACUGAGCAAGCAAGGCAUUAUAAACUACUCCAAACUGCCGAGCAAGCAGUUGUUGCAGGGCCAGCUUGUUGGAACGCUGACAAUGCUCACCGCCCAGACAUCGAAUCUCCUGACUCAUCAUUCGGUACAGUUAUGCACCAUGCUGGAGCACCAUAGCAAAGAAGAGGGCAAAGAAACCAAGGCCAAUUGAGAAACCUUACUAUGUUGAUAGGACUCCUUAAUAAAACUAUAUGUAAUGAA